AUGGAUUUCAGCAAGGAUCCUGACUCCCUUACGAGGGAGUACGCUCGCAGUCUCGACGAACAGGAUCCCCUCCGUGGCUUUCGAAAGGAAUUCAUCAUCCCCUCCAAGGCCGAUCUGAAAUGCAAAACCCUAGCUCCUCCUACUGGAGAGGAGGAAGCCAGCAAACCUGAAGAAAGCAGCAUUUACCUCUGUGGAAACUCCCUGGGCCUCCAGCCUGUCUCUACAAGCGAGCAUGUCAACUCCUACUUGCGAUCAUGGGCUCUCAAGGGAGUACUGGGACAUACCGAACCCCACACCGACCAGCUUUCAGCAGAGUGGUUGAACAUUGAUGACAGAGCGCCUGAGCUUAUGGCGCCCCUUGUGGGUGCUAAGACGAGUGAGGUUGCUCUGAUGGGGACGUUGACUGGCAACUUGCAUCUCCUGAUGGCCAGCUUCUAUAAACCUACCAAGGAGAGGUACAAGAUCAUCUUCGAGGGGAAGGCCUUCCCCAGCGAUCAUUUUGCAAUUGAAUCGCAGGCACGCCACCAUGGGCUUGACCCAAAGGACACAAUGGUCCUCAUCGAGCCGGUUUCAGAAGACUAUCCCGUCCUCGAGACUUCCCAGAUUCUAUCUGUCAUUGACGCGCAUGCGGACACCGCUGCUCUUAUCCUCCUUCCUGGAAUCCAGUACUACACUGGCCAGUUUUUCGACAUGAAGACCAUUACUGCCCAUGCACAUUCCAAAGGGCUGAUGGUAGGAUGGGACUGUGCCCAUGCUGUAGGAAACGUCGAGCUUAAAUUCCAUGACUGGGACGUCGACUUUGCUGCAUGGUGUUCAUACAAGUAUUUGAACUCCGGGGCCGGGGCUAUGGCAGGACUAUUCGUGCACGAGAAACAUGGGCUGGUCACAGAAGAGAGUUUCAGACCGCGACUCUCGGGCUGGUGGGGAAGCGAUAAGAGCUCCCGCUUCAUUAUGGAUAAUAAGUUUGUUCCUCGUCCUGGUGCGGCAGGUUAUCAGGUCUCCAACCCUUCUGCUCUUGACCUGGCCGCUGUGACUGCAUCCUUGAAGGUGUUCAACAAAGCCACAAUGCCAGCGCUUAGGCGCAAGUCCGUCUUAUUGACGGCCUACCUCGAAUAUCUCAUCGACAGCGAAUUCCCUUCUAAGUCUGAGAGGCCGUUUACCAAUAUCACGCCGUCUGAUCCCGAUAUGCGAGGAGCACAGCUCAGUCUGCGACUUAAACCAGGCCUGUUAGACCCUGUCUUCGCAUGUCUGCUGAGGAACGGUGUUGUGUUGGAUGAGAGACGGCCGGAUGUCAUCCGCGUGGCUCCUGCACCACUAUAUAACUCGUUUGAGGAUGUCUGGCUGUUUGUUCGUGAGCUUAGGGCGGCAUGUGACGAAGCGACUGCGAGUUAG